GCACUGAUGUAGAAGCUGACCUCUGGUCUCCUAAUUAUUUUUGAGGGAUGAAAGAAUGAUGUGAUGGAUAUAACUAUGGGCUGCUGUAUGGGCACAGGACCUUCUCCCUCUUGCCUCAUACUCCUCCUUCUCAAGCUUUUGGCCAGUGUUUCCCAGGGUCUCCCAGGGACAGGACCUCUGGGCUUCCACUUUACACAUUCCAUUUAUAAUGCUACAGUGUAUGAGAACUCAGCAGCAAGGACCUAUGUCAACAGCCAGAGCAGAAUGGGUAUCAUCUUGUCAGAUCUUUCCUGGGACAUCAAAUACAGAAUAGUGUCUGGGGAUGAAGAAGGCUUCUUCAAAGCAGAAGAAGUCAUCAUUGCAGACUUCUGUUUCCUCAGAAUAAGAACUAAAGGUGGCAAUUCUGCCAUACUGAAUAGAGAAAUACAGGACAAUUAUUUAUUGAUUGUAAAAGGUUCUGUCAGAGGAGAGGAUCUAGAAGCAUGGACCAAAGUGAAUAUACAAGUUUUGGAUAUGAAUGAUUUGAGACCUUUGUUUUCACCAACAACAUACUCUGUUACGAUAGCAGAAAGCACACCUUUAAGGACUAGCAUCGCCCAGGUAACAGCUACCGAUGCUGACAUUGGUUCUAAUGGUGAAUUCUACUAUUACUUUAAAAACAAAGUCGACCUCUUUUCUGUUCACCCUACAAGUGGUGUAAUCUCUCUAAGUGGGAGGUUAAACUAUGAUGAGAAGAACAGGUAUGACCUUGAAGUUUUGGCAGUGGACCGGGGGAUGAAACUUUAUGGUAACAAUGGUGUCAGCAGCACAGCAAAGCUUUAUGUUCAUAUUGAACGGAUCAAUGAACAUGCGCCAACUAUCAGUGUGGUCACACACAUCCCCUUCCCAUUGGACAAGGAGCCCACAUAUGCAGUGGUUAAUGUUGAUGACCUAGAUGAGGGUGCAAAUGGAGAGAUUGAAUCAAUUUCCAUUGUGGCUGGAGAUCCUUUGGAACAGUUUCUCUUAGUGAAGGAAGGGAAAUGGAUGAAUGAGUACAAAAUUAAGGAGCGGAAGUCAAUUGACUGGGAGGGCUUUCCCUAUGGCUACAAUCUCACUCUUCAAGCAAAGGACAAAGGUUCUCCGCAGAAGUUUUCGGCGGUAAAAGUAGUCCAUAUUGCCAGUCCCCAGAGAGAUAACAUCCCCAUCAGAUUCGAGAAGGAAACCUACAAUGUCACCAUUAGUGAGUUUUCACCUCCUGGAGUUGUGGUUGCUAUUGUUAAACUGAGCCCAGAGCCACCAGGGGUGGAAUACAGAAUAUCUCCUGGUGAGGAUGCAGAGUAUUUUAAGAUUAAUCCAAGGUCUGGUCUAAUAGUCACAGCGCAGCCCCUGGAUGUCAUCAAGAAAGAAGUUUAUGAGCUAGGGGUGUCAAACAAAGAAGGUGAUUUGAAAGCGCAAGUUACCGUCAGCUUAGAAGAUGCCAAUGAUCAUACUCCUGAAUUCCAGCAGCCAUCCUAUGAAGCUUUUGUUAAUGAGAGUGUGCCUGUGGGCACAAGCGUGUUGUCUGUUUCCGCUUCUGAUAAGGACAAGGGAGAGAAUGGGUAUAUCACAUACAGUAUCGCCAGCCUCAGUGCAUUACCAUUUGCCAUUAACCAGUUUACAGGUAUUAUUCGUACCACUGAGGAACUAGAUUUUGAAUCCUCUCCAGAAAGUUACAGGUUCAUUGUGAGGGCCUCUGACUGGGGUUCACCUUAUCGACAUGAAAGUGAGGUCAAUGUGACCAUUCGCAUAGGAAAUGUCAAUGACAACAGACCCUUGUUUGAAAAAGUGGCCUGCCAGGGAGUCAUUUCAUAUGACUUCCCUGUUGGGGGACACAUUACUGCUGUGUCAGCAAUAGAUAUUGAUGAAUUGGAACUGGUAAAGUACAAAAUCAUCUCUGGAAAUGAACUUGGUUUUUUUUAUUUAAAUCCUGACUCAGGUGUCUUACAGCUUAAACAGUCCUUGAUUAACUCUGGUGUAAAGAAUGGUAACUUUGGCCUCAGGAUCACAGCCACUGAUGGGGAGAAUUUUGCAGAUGCCAUGUUUGUUAACAUUUCAGUCUUACAGGGAAAAGUGUCUUCUAAAAGCUUCACUUGUAGAGAAACUCGAGUGGCGCAAAAGUUAGCAGAGAAACUUCUCAUCAAAGCAAAAGCCAAUGGGAAGUUGAAUUCAGAAGAUGGGUUUCUUGACUUUUAUUCUGUUAAUAGGCAGGGACCCCAUUUUGACAAAUCCUUUCCUUCUGAUAUUGCUGUCAAGGAGGACCUGCCAGUUGGUGCUAACAUCUUGAAAAUAAAAGCCUUUGAUGCAGACUCUGGCUUCAACGGAAAGGUUGUUUUCACAAUCUCCGAUGGUAAUACAGAUAGUUGCUUCAACAUUGACAUGGAAACAGGUCAGCUUAAAGUUCUGAUGCCAAUGGACAGAGAGCAGAACCUUUACCUUCUUAACAUUACAAUUUAUGAUUUAGGAAAGCCCCAGAAAUCCUCAUGGAGGUUACUGACUGUUAAUGUGGAGGACGCCAAUGACAACAGGCCCAUUUUCUUGCAGGAGAGUUAUUCUGUUAAUAUUCUAGAAAGUUCAAGUAUUGGUACUGAGAUCAUUCAAGUCGAAGCCAGGGAUAAAGACUUGGGAUCUAAUGGUGAAGUGACUUACUCGGUAUUAACAGAUGCACAGCAGUUUUCCAUCAACAGUUCAACUGGGAUAGUUUAUGUAGCUGAUCAACUGGACCGAGAAUCCAAAGCAAACUACUCUUUAAAAAUAGAGGCCAGGGACAAAUCUGAGAGUGGCCAGCAGCAGUUUUCUGUGGUUACUCUUAAGGUUUUCUUGGAUGAUGUCAAUGAUUGCUCCCCUACUUUUAUACCUAUUAGCUACAGUGUGAAGGUCCUUGAAGAUCUUCCAGUUGGCACAGUCAUUGCAUGGUUGGAAACCCAUGAUCCAGACCUUGGCUUGGGAGGUCAAGUGCGUUACUCCUUGGUGAAUGACUACAAUGGGAGAUUUGAAAUUGAUAAAGCCAGUGGUGCCAUUCGUUUGAGCAGGGAGCUUGAUUAUGAGAAACAGCAGUUCUACAACCUCACUGUCCGUGCAAAAGACAAAGGGCGCCCAGUAUCUUUGUCAUCUGUUUCCUUUGUGGAGGUGGAAGUGGUGGACGUCAAUGAAAACCUUCACACUCCCUAUUUCCCAGACUUUGCUGUUGUUGGAUCGGUAAAGGAAAACUCUCGUAUUGGAACAAGUGUGCUGCAGGUGACAGCGAGAGAUGAGGAUUCUGGAAGGGAUGGAGAGAUCCAGUAUUCUGUCAGGGAUGGCAGUGGUCUCGGAAGGUUUAACAUUGAUGACGAAAGUGGGGUCAUCUAUACCGCUGACAUUCUUGAUCGAGAAACCACUGGGUCAUACUGGCUGACCGUCUAUGCCACUGAUCGAGGCGUUGUCCCUCUCUAUUCUACCAUCGAGGUCUACAUUGAGAUUGAAGAUGUAAAUGACAAUGCUCCUUUGACCUCAGAGCCCAUUUACUAUCCUGUGGUCAUGGAAAACUCUCCUAAGGAUGUAUCUGUCAUUCAGAUCCAGGCUGAAGAUCCGGAUUCCAGUUCUAAUGAAAAGCUAACCUACAGGAUUACGAGUGGGAAUCCUCAGAACUUCUUUGUAAUAAAUAUCAAAACGGGUCUGAUUACAACUACUUCAAGGAAAUUGGAUCGAGAACAGCAGGCAGAACAUUUUCUGGAGGUGACCGUGACCGAUGGUGGUUCUUCUCCAAAGCAGUCGACAGUUUGGGUCGUGGUUCAGGUUCUGGAUGAAAAUGACAAUAAGCCUCAGUUUCCAGAGAAAGUCUAUCAAAUCAAGCUGCCAGAGCGGGACCGAAAGAAAAGAGGAGAACCAAUUUACAGGGCUUUUGCAUUUGAUAAAGAUGAAGGUCCCAAUGCAGAAAUAUCCUACAGCAUCAUAGAUGGAAAUGAUGAUGGGAAGUUCUUUAUUGACCCUAAAACUGGCAUGGUCUCUUCCAGGAAGCAAUUUACAGCAGGGAGUUACGACAUCCUCACAAUCAAAGCAGUGGACAAUGGACGUCCUCAGAAGUCCUCCACCGCCCGCCUCCACAUCGAAUGGAUUAAGAAACCGCCUCCUUCCCCUGUGCCUCUGACCUUUGAUGAGCCAUUCUAUAACUUUACUGUCAUGGAAAGUGAUAGAGUGACAGAAAUUGUGGGCGUGGUGUCUGUACAACCAGCCAAUAUACCUCUGUGGUUUGAUGUAGUUGGGGGGAAUUUUGACAGCUCUUUCGACGCAGAGAAAGGUGUUGGGACAAUUGUCAUUGCAAAACCUUUGGAUGCAGAGCAGAGGUCCGUCUAUAAUAUGAGUGUGGAAGUCACCGAUGGAACAAAUGUGGCUGUCACUCAGGUAUUUAUCAAAGUGCUGGAUAACAAUGAUAAUGGCCCCGAAUUCUCUCAACCAAGUUACGAUGUCACGAUUUCUGAGGACGUACUGCCAGACACUGAGAUAUUACAGGUUGAGGCAACAGACAGAGAUGAAAAACAUAAACUAAGUUACGCUAUCCACAGCAGUAUCGACUCAGUAAGCAUGAGGAAAUUCCGGAUUGAUGCCAGUACCGGGGUUCUGUACGUUGCUGAGAGGCUAGACCACGAGGCCCAAGACAAGCACAUUCUUAACAUCAUGGUCAGGGAUCAGGAAUUUCCUUAUCGGAGAAACUUGGCCCGAGUCAUCGUGAAUGUAGAAGAUGCCAAUGAUCAUAGUCCCUAUUUCACCAGCCCCCUGUACGAAGCAUCUGUAUUUGAAUCUGCAGCUUUGGGAUCGGCCGUUCUGCAAGUGACUGCUCUGGAUAAAGACCGAGGGGAAAAUGCAGAGCUUAUAUACACCAUAGAAGCAGGAAACACUGGAAACACAUUUAAGAUUGAGCCCAUCUUGGGUAUCAUUACCGUUUCAAAAGAACCAGAUAUGACAACAAUGGGACAGUUCGUUUUGUCCAUAAAAGUCACCGAUCAGGGCUCCCCACCGAUGUCUGCUACUGCCAUCGUCCGCAUCUCUGUCACCAUGUCAGAUAAUUCUCACCCCAAGUUUACUCAGAAAGAAUACCAAGCAGAAGUGAAUGAAAAUGUCGACAUUGGGACAUCAGUCAUUUUAAUCUCUGCCAUCAGUCAAUCUACACUAAUUUAUGAAGUCAAAGAUGGAAAUAUUGAAGGGGUCUUUACCAUAAACCCAUAUUCUGGUGUGAUAACCAAUCAAAAGGCCCUUGAUUAUGAACACAUUUCCUCUUAUCAACUCACCAUCCAAGCCACCAACAUGGCAGGGAUGGCGUCCAAUGCCACAGUUAAUAUUCAGAUUGUUGAUGAAAAUGACAAUCCCCCCAUUUUCCUCUUUUCUCAGUACUCAGGCAGCCUCAGUGAGGUUGCCCCAGUAAACAGCAUCGUCCGUAGCUCAGGUAACAAUCCAUUGGUGAUUCGAGCCACAGAUGCUGAUAGUAAUCAGAAUGCUUUGCUAGUUUAUCAGAUUGUUGAGUCCACUGCUAAGAAGUUUUUCACUGUGGAUUCCAGCACGGGUGCCAUCAGAACAAUCGCCAGCUUGGAUCAUGAAACCAUUGCCCAUUUCCAUUUUCACGUUCAUGUGAGAGACAGUGGUAAUCCUCAGCUGACUGCAGAAAGCCCAGCUGAGGUCAAUAUCGAGGUGACAGAUGUGAAUGAUAACCCUCCAGUUUUCACUCAGGCAGUAUUUGAGACAGUCUUACUUCUACCCACUUAUAUUGGGGUGGAGAUUCUGAAAGUCCAAGCAACAGAUCCCGACUCAGAAGUACCAGCUGACCUGACGUACAGUCUGAUGGAAGGCAGCUUGGACUAUUUUUUAAUUGAUUCCAGUAGUGGGGUGCUCUCCAUAAAAAACAGCAGCCUUUCCAAAGAUCAUUAUAUGCUUAUAGUCAGAGUGUCAGACGGUAAGUUUUAUGGUACUGCUAGGGUGACCAUCAUGGUAAAAGAAGCCAUGGACAGUGGUCUCCAUUUCACACAGAGUUUUUACUUUGCUUCAAUCUCAGAGAAUAGUACCAACAUCACCAAAGUAGCCAUUGUCAAUGCAAUUGGAAAUCGCCUUAAUGAACCUUUAAUAUAUAGCAUAUUGAAUCCAGGAAACAAGUUCAAAAUAAAAUCUACCUCUGGGGUCAUCCAGACUACUGGUGUCCCCUUUGACCGUGAAGAACAAGAGUUGUAUGAGUUGGUGGUAGAAGCCAGUCGUGAGUUAGACCAUCUGCGUGUGGCCAGGGUAGUCGUCAGAGUAAACAUUGAAGAUAUCAAUGACAACUCUCCAGUGUUUGUAGGGCUGCCUUACUAUGCUGCUGUGCAGGUUGAUGCCGAACCUGGGACUCUCAUCUACCGGGUAACUGCUCUUGACAGAGACAAAGGUGCCAAUGGUGAAGUGACCUAUACCCUCCAAGAGGACUAUGGCCACUUUGAAAUUAACCCAGAAUCAGGGAGUGUUUUUUUAAAAGAAGCAUUCAAUUCUGACUUAUCUAACAUUGAGUAUGUAGUUAUCAUCCUAGCCAAAGAUGGUGGAAAGCCUGCAUUGUCUGCAUCAGUGGAGCUUCCUAUCACUAUUGUCAACAAAGCAAUGCCUGUAUUUGAUAAGCCUUUUUACACAACUUCUGUCAAUGAGGAUGUAGAAAUGCAUACUCCUGUUCUUAGCAUCAAUGCAACCAGCCCAGAAGGACAAGGAAUCAUUUACAUCAUUGUUGAUGGGGACCCUUACAAUCAGUUUAACAUUGACUUUGACACUGGAGUUCUGAAUGUCAUUAGCCCACUGGACUAUGAAGUAACACCUGUUUUUAAAUUGACAGUUAGAGCCAGUGAUGCUCUCACUGGUGCAAGGGCUGAGGUCACUGUCGACUUGCUAGUUAAUGAUGUAAAUGAUAAUCCCCCCAUUUUUGAUCAACCCACCUACAACGCAACCUUAUCUGAAGCCUCUCUCAUUGGGACACCCGUUUUGCAAGUGGUAGCCUCUGAUGCAGAUUCAGAAAACAAUAGAGUUGUACAGUAUCAGAUCGUCCAGGACACCUAUAAUAGUACUGAUUAUUUUCACAUAGAUAGCACAAGUGGCUUAAUCUUGACAGCCCGCAUGUUAGACCAUGAAUCAGUACAACAAUCCACUUUAAAAGUCAGGGCAACAGAUAAUGGAUUCCCACCAAUGAGCAGCGAGGUACUCGUUAAUAUUUAUGUGACUGACAUGAAUGACAACCCUCCAGUUUUUAACCAGCUGAUUUAUGAAUCCUAUGUGAGUGAAUUAGCUCCACGGGGCCAUUUUGUGACCUGUGUACAAGCUUCUGAUGCUGACAGCUCUGAUUUUGACCGGUUAGAAUAUAGCAUUUUAUCUGGGAAUGACCGAACAAGUUUUCUAAUGGAUAGCAGGAGCGGUGUCAUCACUCUGUCCAACCACCGGAAACAGAGAAUGGAACCUCUGUAUAGUUUGAAUGUGUCUGUCUCUGAUGGACUGUUUACCAGCACGGCACAGGUGCAUAUCAGGAUACUUGGUGCUAACUUAUACAGUCCAGCCUUUUCACAAAGCACCUAUGUUGCCGAAGUGAGAGAGAAUGCUGCCCCAGGAACAAAGGUAAUUCAUGUUAGAGCAACAGAUGGGGAUCCAGGAACGUAUGGGCAAAUCAGUUAUGCUAUCAUCAAUGACUUUGCUAAGGACCGAUUCUUGAUAGACAACAAUGGGCAAGUCAUAACAACAGAAAGGCUGGAUCGGGAAAGCCCAAUGGAAGGAGACAUUAGUAUUUUUUUGAGGGCCCUGGAUGGUGGAGGGAGAACAACUUUCUGUACUGUGAGGGUGAUUGUUGUGGAUGAAAAUGAUAAUGCUCCCCAAUUUUUGACAGUAGAAUAUAGAGCUAGUGUCAGAGCUGAUGUUGGAAGAGGUCACUUGGUAACCCAGGUUCAGGCCAUUGAUCCGGAUGAUGGAGUGAAUUCAAGGAUUACUUAUUCACUGUACAGUGAAGCCUCUGUCUCAGUAGCAGAUCUUCUUGAAAUUGACCCUGACAAUGGCUGGAUGGUCACGAAGAGUAAUUUUCACCAGUUGAAAAACACUGUCUUGUCGUUUUUUGUCAAAGCAGUUGAUGGUGGUAUUCCUGUAAAGCACUCCCUCAUUCCUGUCUAUAUUCACGUCUUGCCUCCUGAAAUACUCUUACCCUCAUUUACCCAGCCCCAGUAUUCAUUCGCCAUUCCAGAAGAUGCUGUCAUUGGAAACACAGUGGAUACUCUCAGGAUUUUGCCAAGUCAAAAUGUUGUAUUUAGCACAGUGAAUGGUGAACGGCCUGAAAAUAACAGAGGCGGGGUCUUCAUCAUAGAGCAGGACACUGGCACCAUCAAACUGGACAAGCGACUUGACCGUGAAAUGACCCCUGCUUUUCACUUUAAGGUUGCAGCCACCAUCCCCUUGGACAGGGUGGAUAUUGUGUUUACUGUUGACAUAGAAAUCAAGGUAUUAGAUCUAAAUGAUAAUAAACCAUUCUUUGAUGCUACAAGCUAUGAAGCCAUCAUAAUGGAGGGAAUGCCUGUGGGCACCAGGCUCAUUCAAGUGAAGGCUGUUGAUAGAGAUUGGGGUGCCAAUGGGCAGGUGACUUAUGCCCUCCACUCUGAUUCCAAUCCAGAAAAGAUAAUGGAAGCGUUCAGUAUUGAUAGUAACACUGGCUGGAUCAGCACCUUGAAAGAUCUGGACCAUGAGAGAGAUCCCACAUUCACUUUCUCAGUGGUAGCCUCUGACCUUGGAGAAGCUUUCUCUCUCUCUUCCACAAUCCUGGUCUCUGUCACCGUGACAGAUAUAAAUGACAAUGCACCUGUCUUUGGGCAUGAAGUAUACCGAGAGCAUGUGAAAGAGAGUGACCCCCCAGGUGAAGUUGUAGCAGUCCUCAGCACAUGGGAUGAAGACACAUCUGACAUUAAUCAGCAAGUGAGCUAUCAUAUUACAGGAGGGAAUCCCAGAGGAAGAUUCGCCCUGGGCCUGGUGCAAAAUGAAUGGAAGGUUUAUGUAAAGCGACCCCUUGAUCGAGAAGAACAAGAUGUUUACUUCCUGAACGUCACUGCCACAGAUGGGCUUUUUGUCACUCAGGCUAUGGUGGAAGUCACUGUCACUGAUGUGAAUGACAACAGUCCAGUGUGUGACCAGGUUGCAUACACAGCUUUGUUUCCAGAAGACAUUCCAUCAAAUAAAAUCAUCCUUAAGAUCACUGCCAAGGAUGCUGACAUUGGGCCCAAUGGAGACAUUAGAUACUCACUCUACGGCUCUGGAAACAACAAAUUUUUCUUAGAUCCAGAAAGUGGUGAAUUAAAAACCCUGGCCCUUUUAGACCGAGAAAAAGUUCCUGUGUACAACCUGAUUGCCAGGGCAACAGAUGGGGGCGGCAGGUUCUGCCAGUCAGACAUCCGCCUGAUUCUGGAAGACGUUAAUGAUAACCCCCCCAUAUUUUCAUCUGACCAUUACAACACUUGCAUCUAUGAGAACACAGCCACCAAAGCCUUGUUAACGAGAGUGCAAGCCACGGAUCCUGAUUUAGGCAUCAACAGGAAAGUUGUUUAUUCUCUGGCAGACUCAGCAGGAGGGUACUUUUCAGUGGACAGCUCCUCAGGCAUUAUCAUCUUGGAACAGCCACUGGAUCGAGAGCUGCAGUCAUCCUAUAACAUCAGCGUGAAGGCAUCAGACCAGAGCAUCCUCAAGGUGCUAUCUUCCCUGGCCACGGUCACCAUUACUGUUUUGGACAUUAAUGACAACCCUCCUGUGUUUGAAAGAAGGGAUUAUCUUGUUACAGUACCAGAAGAUACAUCCCCAGGCACAGAAGUCCUUGCCGUGUUUGCCACAAGCAAAGACAUUGGUACAAAUGCUGAAAUAACUUACCUCAUCCGGUCUGGGAAUGAACGAGGGAAAUUCAAGAUUAACACAAAGACAGGAGGGAUUUCUGUCAUUGAGGCCCUGGAUUAUGAAAUGUGCAAAGAUUUUUACCUUGUGGUGGAAGCCAAAGACGGGGGUACCCCAGCCCUCAGUGCUGUGGCCACAGUGAACAUCAACCUUACCGAUGUGAAUGACAAUGCACCAAUAUUUAACCAGGAGGUGUACAGUGCAGUCAUCAGUGAAGAUGCUUCCAUCGGGGACUCGGUCAUUAUGUUAAUAGCAGAAGAUGUAGAUAGCCCACCCAACGGACAGAUUCGCUUCUCCAUUGUCAGUGGGGACCGGGACAAUGAGUUUGCGGUGGAUCCUGUCUUGGGACUUGUUAAAGUGAAAAAGAAAUUGGACCGAGAACGGGUGUCUGGAUACUCAUUACUCAUUCAGGCUACGGACAGCGGCAUUCCUGCCAUGUCAUCCACUGUGACAGUCAACAUAGACAUUUCUGAUGUUAAUGACAAUGGCCCCGUUUUCACACCAGCUAACUACACUGCUGUAAUCCAGGAAAACAAACCAGUGGGGACAAGCAUUUUGCAGCUGAUGGUUACAGACCGAGACUCCUUUCACAAUGGACCUCCCUUCACCUUUACCAUCUUGGCAGGGAAUGAGGAACAGGAAUUUGUGUUGGACCCUCAUGGGAUCUUAAGAUCAGCAGUGAUCUUUAGACACACAGACUCUCCCGAAUAUGUGCUCUACAUCCAGGCAAGGGACUCAGGCAAACCCCAGCAAGUUUCCCACUCUUAUAUUCAUAUCCGGGUGAUUGAAGAAAGUAUCCACAAGCCCACUGCCAUCCCCUUAGAGAUCUUUAUUGUCACAAUGGAGGAUGACUUCCCUGGGGGUGUCAUUGGGAAGAUCCAUGCCACCGACCAGGACGUAUAUGACGUACUCACAUAUGCACUGAAAUCUGAGCAGAGAAGCUUGUUCAAGGUGAACACCCAUGAUGGAAAGAUCAUUGCCCUGGGAGGCCUGGACAGUGGUAAGUACAUUCUGAAUGUUUCCGUGAGUGACGGCCGCUUCCAGGUGCCCAUUGAUGUCAUCGUCCACGUGGAACAGCUGGUGCAGGAGAUGCUGCAGAACACAGUCACCAUCCGAUUUGAGAAUGUCUCCCCUGAGGACUUUGUUGGGCUGCACAUGCAUGGGUUCCGAAGAACCCUCCGGAAUGCCGUCCUUUCUCAGAAACAGGACAGCCUCCACAUCAUCAGCAUCCAGCCUGUGGCUGGCACUAACCAGCUGGACAUGUUGUUUGCCGUGCAGAUGCACAGUGGCGGCUUCUAUAAGCCUGCGUACCUCAUCCAGAAGCUAUCCAAUGCAAGGAGACAUUUGGAGAAUGUGAUUCGCAUCUCAGCCAUCCUAGAGAAGAAUUGCUCUGGACUGGAUUGCCAGGAACAACACUGUGAACAAAGCUUGUCCAUAGAUUCACAUUCUCUAAUGACCUACAGCACGGCUCGUAUUAGUUUUGUGUGUCCUCGUUUCUACAGGAACGUACGCUGUACAUGUAAUGGAGGACUCUGUCCAGGGUCAAAUGAUCCUUGUAUGGAGAAGCCCUGUCCUGGGGACAUGCAGUGUGUUGGUUAUGAAGCCAAUAGAAGACCAUUCAUCUGCCAGUGUCCACCAGGAAAACUUGGCGAAUGCUCAGGGCACACUUCUCUAAGCUUUGCUGGAAACAGUUACAUCAAAUACCGGCUUUCUGAAAAUAGCAAGAAAGAGGAAUUUAAGUUGGCUCUGCGUCUGCGAACACUGCAAAGCAAUGGGAUUAUAAUGUACACCAGAGCAAAUCCCUGCAUAAUUCUGAAGAUUGUAGACAGCAAACUGUGGUUCCAGUUGGACUGUGGCACGGGACCUGGCAUCUUGGGCAUCUCCGGCCGGGCCGUGAAUGAUGAUUGGCACUCAGUCUUCUUAGAGCUCAAUCAGAAUUUCACGAGCUUGUCGCUGGACGAUAGCUAUGUGGAACGUCGCAAAGCGCCCCUCUACUUCCAGACCCCGGGCCCGGAGAGUGCCAUCUACUUCGGCGCCCUGGUGCAGGUGGACAACAUCCGAAGCCUGACGGACAAGAGGGUCACGCAGGUCCUGAGCGGCUUCCAGGGCUGCCUGGAUUCUGUGGUCCUGAAUGACAAUGAGCUGCCCCUGCAGAACAAACGCAGCAGCUUUGCAGAGGUGGUGGGCCUCACCGAGCUCAAGCUGGGAUGUGUCCUGUACCACGCCUGUGAACGGAACCCCUGCCAGAACGGAGGGAGCUGUGCCGGCCUGCCAUCUGGCGGCUAUCAAUGUACCUGUCUCUCACAAUUCACUGGAAGGAACUGUGAGUCAGAGAUUACAGCCUGCUUCCCAAAUCCCUGCCGAAAUGGGGGGUCUUGCGACCCAAUAGGAAACACCUUCAUCUGCAAUUGUAAAGUUGGGCUUACUGGAGUCACGUGUGAGGAAGACAUCAAUGAAUGCGACAGAGAAGAAUGUGAGAAUGGAGGUUCCUGCGUCAAUGUGUUCGGCUCUUUCCUUUGUAAUUGCACCCCAGGUUAUGUGGGCCAGUACUGUGGGCUCCGGCCAGUGGUGGUUCCCAACAUCCAAGCUGGCCACUCCUACGUUGGAAAGGAAGAACUGAUUGGCAUUGCCGUGGUCCUCUUUGUCAUCUUUGUUUUAAUUGUCUUGUUCAUCGUCUUCCGCAAGAAAGUCUUCCACAAGAACUAUUCCAGGAACAAUAUCACUCUCGUCCAGGACCCGGCCACUGCAGCGCUACUAAACAAAAGCAAUGGGCUUCAGUUCAAGAACCUACGAGGGGGUGGGGACAGCCGUAACAUCUACCAGGAGGUUGGCCCACCCCAGGUCCCUGUGCGCCCCAUGGCCUACACGCCUUGUUUUCAGAGCGACUCUAGGAACAACCUAGACAAGAUUGUGGAUGGGCUAGGGGUGGAGCACCAGGAGAUGACCACUUUUCAUCCCGAGUCACCGCGGAUAUUAACUGCCAGGCGUGGAGUGGUCGUGUGCAGCGUGGCUCCCAACCUCCCAGCUGUCUCCCCUUGUCGUUCUGAUUGUGAUUCCAUCAGGAAGAGUGUCUGGGAUGCAGGAACAGAGAACAAAGGAGUGGAUGAUGCCGAAGAAGUGACCUGUUUUGUGGGAAGUAACAAAGGCAGCAACUCGGAAGUUCAGUCCCUCAGCUCCUUCCAGUCUGACUCUGGAGAUGAUAAUGCCUACCAUUGGGACACUUCGGACUGGAUGCCAGGAGCCCGCCUGUCUGACAUCGAGGAAGUGCCCAACUAUGAGAACACAGAUGGCGCAUCAGUGCAUCAGGGGAGCACGAGAGAGCUUGAGACCGAUUACUACCUAGGUGGCUAUGAUAUCGAUAGCGAAUACCCUCCACCUCACGAAGAGGAGUUUUUGAGUCAAGACCAGUUGCCCCCUCCUCUGCCAGAGGACUACCCAGACCACUUUGAGGCCCUGCCCCCAUCACAGCCAGCCUCCUUGGCCAGCACACUGAGCCCAGACUGCAGGCGAAGGCCACAGUUCCACCCUAGCCAGUAUCUCCCUCCCCACCCAUUCCCCAAUGAGACAGACGUGGUGGGACCUCCGCCUGGACAUGAAUUUAGUACUUUUGCUGUGGGUGUGGGGCAGAGCAUGGAGAACACAGGCAUGGCAGACAACAUGUCCUUAUCCUUGCACAAUUCCAUAGGCGCCUCAUCCUCAGAUGUGUCUGCAAGCUGUGGCUUUGACGAUUCCGAAGUGGCCAUGAGUGACUAUGAAAGCGUUGAGGAGUUCACCAGUCUUCACACUCCGUUUAUUGAGACUCAGCAGCAGACCCAGGUGUAAAGGACACACACAUCUGGGAUGGUUUGUUCAUUCUUCAUUUAAACAUGGAAGGAAAUGGGCUGAGUUUCCUCUCUCAGUGGAGAGGGGUCCAUUGAAUGAGGGGAAAAUCUACCAUUUUCCACAAAUAACUUAUUCACAAAUGAUGUUGUCUCAUGCAAACAAUUUAAAGUCAAGUUGUGUAAACCAUAUGUCACAAAAUCUGUUACUGUGAGUCAAUAGACAAUCCUUACAGUACGUACCCAGCAUUCAUGGCCAAGAGUGCACACCACGUUUUUAAGGGGGUAAAGAACCCCACACACAAGUUCACCCAGUAAGUUAUAUGCAGUCAAUCUUUUCAGCUUUGUGCAGUAUUGUGUUAUUGAAGGUGUUAACAGUAUCAUUCCCCGCAGUAUUAAUGAACAGAUAAAGUUCAGGCACCAAGAUACUGGUGCAUGAAACUAAUUUAAGCUGAUGGAGAAAAGAAAGAAAAUAGUUAAUAGAAUGGGGGAUGGGGCUAAGCCCUCAAAGGUUUCAAAAGAAGAAAGAACAAAAAUAAAAUCAGUCAAAAGUGGGCAAAAAUACUAAAAUAAAGUAUGAUUUUUCUUUAUAAAGCUGUCUAAUUGUCAGCUAUAAAAUUAUAAUAAGUGACUUGUAUUUUUUGUGGUUUUCAGAUACUGGUUUAAUUAGGAAAACUUGGAUUAAAAAUGGAGCCCAAAAUUGAAAUGAUGGGUUUGUGGAUCUUUCAAAAAGAUUUCAAUGAAGAGUAAUGCAUGACAGUUUGGGGGUUUUCUGAGUAUCAGGGAGGGAAGGGUAGAAGUUAUCUAUUUUUGCUUUUAUUACUAAACAUUCCCAGCAGUGAUUACAAUUUGAGAAUUAUUGUAAUCAUUGACCUUGUUCAUGGAAACCAGGAAAUAAAGCUGACCGGUUUGUGACUGUUGUCUGGGCUAAAAGAGGUAUACAGUUCAUAACUUUCCCCAAAAAAUGUUAUUUUUACUAUCACAGGUAAAAGGCAAGUAAGUACUGUUUUUAACUUGGUGGUAUCAUUUCAAUAAAUGGAAUUCAGUCAAAGAAGAGAGACUAGAUGAGUAGAUGUUUGUACACAAGAUUAUAAUAGUAUGUGUGUUUGGGCCAAUAUAGAUGUAUGUAUGUGUUUUCUCCCAAGAAGGCAGUCUGUGAGGAAAGUGAUUUUGAGACUUGUGGACUAUGAACCAUGGCCAACAGUUUGAGCCUUAGGACCUUUUGGACCUCUUCAAUGUUAGAGACCCACUAAAUGCUAUAUUUUGUGCUAUGUCAGUUAAUCUCAUUUGGAUAGCGCCAUGUCUAUUAACAAAACAAAAUUCUAGGUUUUAAAAGUAGCAUUUUGUUUAAAAAAAAUACAAAGAGUCUCGGUUGUCUUCAGAAAGUACUUUGUGUUUCAUUCUAGCCCAGGGUCAAUUCUCAGUCUGAUGCAUGGGUUUUGGCCAUGGAAAUUUCUUAAAUGAAUUGGAGAGUCAUUCCACAAGAGAUGUUAUAACAUGGCACGAUAAAAUAUAAAAUGGACAUGUUGAGUUACUUUCCUGCUUCCCCUCAGGUUGAUUAGGGCAAAUGAGAUUUUACACUAAGCAGCCUGAACUGUUUCCAAGGAGGACUGGGAAGUCCAUGACUUCUUCUUUCCCUGGUAAACAUUUAUUUGCACUAUCUGCUUAAUGAGCAAAACUGUUGUGGGUUUUGUUUUGUUUUUUAACCAGUUAUGGCAUUGGUGUAUAAGCUCUAGAGACUUCAUCUGGCCAUGGUCCACCUGGUCACUUUUGUUAUCUGCAUUCUUUCCAUUCAUUUCACUUCUCCCCUGGCACAGGGAUCAGUGUUUCCUGACAGUUUGUCAAGGCAAUAACCUUGCACUUCAGAGCUUCCUGGAUAUAUGGACACACUUCAUAGGCUUUUCAUGUUUUAUGUUGUUUUUUUCUCAUCCUUGUUCUUGGUCAGACAUGCUAAAUGAAGGAUAAUCUGUACCAUGAUCUUGAAAUCAGGGUUCUUCGAUGGAUUGAAGUAUAUAGCCAGACCGCAUUCAAAGAAAUUCUUAAGCAUUUUUCUCAUGCAAGGAGUGCAUUUGUAGGAAUCAGCGAGAAAAUGACAAACUAAUGAUCUAGAUAGAACCUCUAUAACCGUCUUAAUAAUGCAGUGGCAUAAAAAACUGACAAAGUAAAACCAACAGUUCAUUUCUUACCCCCCAGGAUAUAUUAGGGCAGGAUUAGUACAGAUGAUUUUCCAUUGCUUACACAGCCUCUCUGCUGAGAGAAAUGCUUGACUGACAUAGUAAUGAAGGAGCAAAUAGAUCUGUAUGUGGCAGUGCAAUCCAGGGAGCUGGCCUGAUAUCUCUGAUCUGCAUUCAAUACACAUUUCUUAGAUGGAUCUCACCCCAUCUUUUCAGAAAAGCCGCAAAGGGAGAGAUGUUCAUCUGGUAAGUCGUAUCUCAUGACAUGUAUUGAAACAUUAUUUGACAUUUCUUCUCAAAGUUGCGUGGAAAAUGAAGGGUUUCCCUAUAGAGGGUGAAAUGGUCUGAAAGUAGCACCAAGCUGGAACUCACCAAAUCUGGAAAGCCGAGAGGAAAUUUAAAGAUUCUCAUUUUUUUACUUACAAAGUCACAUUGCUUGGCCAGUUAGCGACAGAGCCAGGACUACAACUUGCAUCUUCUUCCAAGCUUCCAAUCCAGGGUUCUUUCCACCAUAUCAUACUUUCUCCAUGAUCUCCCUGACCUUUAAUCUUGAUUUUUUUCAUUGAAUUCCUGAAAAAUGGAUCUCUUGGUUCAGAAAGCUGAAUUUGUUGCACAGAGGUUUAUAUUUUCAUAUGAGGUUUUUUCUUCAAGCUUAAAUUUGUAAGUUUAGAUGAACUCUGGUCUGGUACAUGUCUGAUUGUUACUGAUGCUGCCUCAGUUAAGUGUUGAAAAUGUAUUAUUAGUUGUUCUUACACCCUGAGACUCUAAUAUCUCAAGUUUAUUUUAUUUGCUAGGACACAUCCAAAGCAUAAUUUUGGGGAAAAGGAUUAGAAACAUUGGCAUGACCAUAAUGGAACCACUGGCUGCAGUUGUUGGCUUCAUUGACGCCCAAGUAUGCCCUGUUCCAUACAUUUACUGGCUCGUCAAAUUUCAGAAUUUCCCUGGGCCAUUUUUUUUCUCUUCUCUCUUUAUAUCUUGAGUGCAUUCUGUGCACCAUGUAAAAAUGGCAUGUAUCCAGAAUUUUUUCCACCUAACUUUACUUAAUAUACCUCCACACAUUCCUUUCUCUAAGCCUUUCCCUUUCUAAAGUAAGAUAGGCCAAGUCUUUGUCUUCAUUCUUGUUUAAAAAAAAAAAAAGCUUCUAAUACUUUCACUGUUGCUAUCCUCUGGACCUUCCCUAACUUGCUUAUGACACUUUGAAAUGCACUUCACAGAACUGAGCACAAGGUAUGUGAUAAAACAUGCCAAAUAGUAGGUCCAUGAUUUCCCCACUUAGAAGUACCUCAUCCUUUUGAAUAGCAUCUUUGAUUUUCCCCUGAGAGAGCAGAUCAAAUUCAAAACCCCAAAGCAUGUGAGGAAAGUUUACCCUUCUGAGGGCUUACUAUCUCAUUCUGGUCUUAACUGAACUUUGCAGAAGAUUCUGGCAGCCUGGUUCACAAAGCCCUUCUAUUUUUUCCCAUCAUAUGCCUACUUUGAGAAGAAGGCAAAGAGGGUCUGCAACACCAAGAUAAUCUCUUUGCCGAGCAUGAAGACCUGGUCUUCUAUAGGCUCUUUGGACAAGUAGAUAGAGACCUCACAGGCUAGAAUCAUUGUUAGUUUACUCUCUUAGGUGAAUGGAGCUGUCCUAAAAUGGGCAAUGAUUAUACAUAUGAACAGAUCAGUUUGAGAUCUGGUUGGAACUUGGGAUGGGAAUUUUUUUUCUGUUUUUCUUCAAUAUUAAUGGGGUUUUUUUUUUCAGAAUGUUCCACGUGGGGGAAAUUUCUAAGCAGCCUUUGCAUUUGCUCCCCACCUUUCCAUAUCUCGCUUGGCCAUCAUUUCUCAUAAAUUCCAUAGGUAGGCACUUGGCCUACUUUUGCACAUGACCAAGCUGAAGAAUGGUUUGAGUGAAUGUUUGGGCUUAAGCUGCUAUAAAGAGCAGAAACCAUGGGGCAAUAGGGGAUGAACAAGGACCAGCAUAAGAUGACCAAGGAGGCAUUUUCUUUUUUCUCUUUCCUUUGAGUGUAUAUGCUGCUACUGGGCCCUGCCAACCUUCUGUAUGUGCAAAGUCCUGGCUGUCCAUGUGAUGCCAUUGGGAGGCCCAGUAAGAUGGACCAGUCUAUCCCUAUAAUGGGCCUGUGUAUACUUACAAAUCCAGCAGAGAAUGAGUGUGACAGCCAGAAAGGGGAUUUCACAAUGCAUCCUUGAGGCAAUGUAAAUCAGCAGGCUAGCCCCAACUGAGGAGGAAAAUUUUUUAAAUAUAAAAAUCAUGGACACUCACUGAUACUGCAUCUACAUGUUUCAAGUUGAGGCAGCAAAUUAUCUGAUUCCACCCCCCCAAAAGAAAACAAGCUUUUAACUGAUGGUUUUAGAUGUAUUCAUUUUUGGAGGGUUUUCCCAAUAAGUCUUUACUUCUCCACUUCAUUUUGUUGAUAUCCAUACAAUUUCAAUGCAUAUUAAUUGGCCAAGUGGUUUGACUUUUAGAAUUGCUAUUACAUAUUUAAUUAUGAGUCCUGCUAAAGUAUCACUUGAGAAUAAUUCAAGAUCACCAUGAUCAUUCUCCACAUCCUCAUAGGAGGUAGCCUCAGACUUUGACUGGUUUGGGUCUCAAAUAUCUAUCUAUACUAAUCAGAUAGGAAGCCUCUGAGUUGUCUUUUGCUUCUGCUUUCUGCCUGUUUGCUCAUUUGGGGGGUUGGGGGAGGGACAUGGGGGAAUGAGUCCGAGGUUUCAAGUCAUCUUUAGUGGGUGGGGCAUUCGUUAAUGUUUCACCAGCUGGCUGGGAGAGAUGGGAAAAGGAAACCAAUUCCUUUUUUUUCUGUAAUAAUGAAAAGCAAUAAUUGUGUAAUGCUACACAAAGGCCAUACAUAACUAGUCUUUACCAGUGUUAAGGAUGCACUAGAACUGUAUUGUUUAUUAGAGCAAGGUGGGAAUAGUUCAUAUGUACUGUAGUAUUCUUCUAAGCAAGCAAAUACCAGAAUUGCUACUAUUUAACAAUUUAAUGAGCCCAUACUACUGCAUUUGGGGAAGGACAGACGUGUUUGGAACAUUGAAGCAGUUCUCUUUAAGCACUGUAUUAGAAAGAUUGUCUUGUAAAUUUUACCUGUUACAAACAGGCUGGUUUGUAAAAGAUGUAUGUUUUGGUGUUUAAAAAUGUUUAUAAAAAUGUAUAUAAUGGUUUCAAAUUUCCAGGCUUUUGUAGAUACUGUAUUUGAUGCCUAUCAGGAUGCUUUAAUUUGGGGGUCAGAUUCUAAAUCAUCUGAGUUGUCAGUCUAUAAACUUUUAAGAUAAUGAGAAAAAAAGUUUUAGAUUUGAAAAUGAUGCUUUUUAAUCAUUUCCAAAAUGUACUGUAACUUUUCUUUGGUUUCGCUGUUUUCAUUUAACUUUUUUCAGUUUUUAAGAAAAUGUUUUUUAUUGACUUUUUUUUAAAUGAAUGUGUUUUGCACAGAUACUAGGUACAUGAUUUUUAUGCCAUUUCAAGUAUGUAUUAAAGUAUGUCAUUUCUUCACAUACACAUUAUCUCUCAUACACACAACCUUAUGCAAAAGGGAAAGCUAACACUCUUAAGUGGGUCUUGUCCCUUGUAUGAAGAUAAAUUGUUCCUUCAUAUAUUGCUGUUGGCAGUAUUAAGUCUUGUGUUCUUUUCCUAAAAAAUGAAAAAAAAAAAAAAGCAACAACUACAAAAAAAAAUAGCCCAACAGUGUACAGGUUUGUAACUGCCAAAAUUUGAUGGUUAAAAACAAGUUUUCAAGUAAAAAAAAGACUUUGUGUUGACUUUUUCUUUCUGAUUUGCUGUC